AUGCCGUCGCGAGCCGCUAUCCGCAUGAAGCACCCUUCCUUCUCGGUGUCCGUAACCACGGCGUCCCAGCUCCACGACGCCGUCGACCGCCUCCUCCCGCUCCUCCGCGCCGACGCCUCCCACGCCUCCGCGGCGCGCGCGAUCGCCGCGGCCGUCGCUUCAUUCCGGCCGCCCUCCACGCUCCUCUCCAACCGCAUCCUCCACCUGCUCUCCUCCCACCCGGCCACUCUCCCGGACGCGGUCGCCCUCCUCGCCUCCCUCCCAAGCACCGAUGUGUGCUCCUACAACACCCUCGUCGCCGCGCUCGGCUGCUCCUCGCGCGGCCUCGCCUCCGCGCGCGCGCUGUUCGACCGAAUGCCCCGGAGGGACCACUUCUCCUGGUCCGCCGUCAUCUCCGCCCACGCGCGCCACGGCCAGCCCCGCGCCGCGCUCGCGAUCUACCGCCGGAUGCUGCGGGAGCCGGGGAGCGCCGGCGCGGACAACGAGUUCACCGCGUCCAGCGCGCUCGCCGCGGCCACGGCCGCCCGAAUUCACCUGCGAGAAACUCGGGAAGCAGGUGCAUGGUCGAAUGACAAAGAGCAGGGCAGGGGAUUCAUGCUUUGCAGAGAGUGCGCUUGUGCACAUGUAUUCCAAGGGAUGCCAAAGCCGGACUUGGUGUCAUGGACAGCCAUGAUCUCUGGCUAUGCACAGAAUGGGCAGCCAGAUGAGGCAUUGCAUUACUUCGACAUGUUAUUGAGGUCCGGAUUCAGGCCUGAUCAUGUCACCUUUGUUGGUGUUCUAUCUGCAUGUGCUCAUGCUGGCCUGGUCGAUAAAGGUCUGGGUAUCUUCCAUUCGAUAAAGGAUGAAUAUGGUAUUGAGCACACUGCUGAUCAUUAUGCUUGUGUGAUUGAUCUCCUCAGCCGGUCAGGCCUGUUUGAGCGAGCAGAAGAGAUGAUCGACACAAUGUCUGUAAAGCCUAACAAGUUCCUAUGGGCGUCCUUGCUUGGUGGCUGCCGGAUUCAUAAGAAUGUCCGCCUCGCAAAGUGGGCAGCAGAAGCAUUAUUUGAAAUUGAACCUGAAAAUCCAGCAACAUAUGUUACUCUAGCCAAUAUUUAUGCAUCAGUUGCCUCAAGUUGGAUUGAAGCUGGGACAAGGGUGCAUGUGUUUCUGGUUGGGGAUAAGUUGCAUCCUCAAGCUGAAGAAAUAUAUGCGCUUCUGAAGAAGCUGUAUCUGAAGAUGAGGGAAGAAGGGUAUGUGGCAGACACCGGAUUUGUUCUCCAUGAUGUAGAAGACGAGCAGAAGCAGCAGGACAUUGGUUAUCAUAGCGAGCGGCUUGCUGUUGCUUUUGGAAUCAUUGCUACUCCGAAGGGUGCUCCCAUCAAGGUUUUCAAGAAUCUGCGCAUUUGUGGGGACUGUCAUACCACUAUUAAGUUAAUAUCAAAGAUUGUGCAGAGAGAGAUCAUUGUCAGGGACUCUAAUAGGUUCCAUCACUUCAAGAAUGGGAGUUGUUCUUGCAGGGAUUUUUGGUGA